AUGGCAGCCCAGCAGUCAUGCGCUGUUGUGGCCCCGGUAGAGCCCACUACAGAAGCUUCAGGCAUAUCGAAAAUAGGAGCAUUGGCUUCGGAUUUGGCAUCGAAGCUGUCAACAUUGUCGGAGGCAGAAAGAUGUGAAUUGAUCCAUCGCCUUGCUCUAUCGCCAACUGGGAAGAGUGAAGAUGUGUCCAAGGAUGAGACUAUUCUUGGGCAACCCCUGCUGAUGUUGUUUUCGCUGUUGGUGUUGGGUUUGGCUGCUCAUUUCGGAGGGACGGUUAUAAAUGAGAGAAGACGCUACCACAACCGUCGGGCACAGAGGCAAGGUACUUUCACAGAGUAUUUGCAGUAUCGUUUUGGCUACUGGUACACCUGGACUGAACAUUCUGCCGCCAUUGUCCUUAUGUCAAUCUCACUGGCAUUGCUGGUCUUUGGUGGAGCGCUCCUGAGAGUCCUCAUUCAACAGCCCUUGUCCGAGGGCUUAUGGUCUGCUUGGCUCUGGAUUGCAGCACCUGACGGCGGGGCCUCCGCUGAAACUGCAGCUGGCCGUCUCGUUGGCUUAAUUGUGUCAAUUGGUGGCAUGCUUGUGUUUGCCCUCCUGAUGUCAGUUAUAUCUGAAAUGUUUGAAGAGGCAUUGCGCACGUUUCGGUUAGGCACUAUUCCGGUUAUUGAAGGCAACCACACAGUCAUCAUCGGCUAUGUGACACCGACGCUCCGCAUUUUGGCCAAGGAGCUUUGCGCCGCAUGCGAAAGCGAGGGUGGCAUCUUGAUCGCAGUCCUGUCCCCGAUGCCAAAACCCGAAGUGGAAGAGCUUCUGAGAGAUGGCGAUGCAGGUUGGAUGAAGAACUCGACCAUUGUUGUCCGUUCCGGUGAUGCUUGCAAAGCGGAAGAUCUCGCGAAAGUUGCGGUGCAGGGAGCCAAGAAAGUCAUCAUCAUGAGUAAGCCCGGAGUUUGCCGGGAGGAGGCUGAUGCAGCGACUAUCAAUGUCUUGCUGACUCUGCGAAACAAUGGCUGGCCGAGAGAAGGGGUAUCUGUGGUGCAAUGCCAGUUGGUGCGCAACCAGGGGCUUUUCAAGCGACUCUUGACUGACGGGUCACAGGUGGUCACCGUCAAUGACUUCAUUGGUGAACUUAUGGUGCAAUGUAGCAGGCAGAGUGGUCUGGUGCAUGCCAUCCGGUCAGUGUUCAGCUUUGAGAACGAUGAGUUUUAUAUUCAGCAUGUGCAGGGCACGGCUGGGCGUACGGUCAUGGACUUGUUAUUCGCUCUGCCGAAUACCAUCCUCAUAGGGAUCAAGCCGCCUGACUGUGAGCUGGAGGUGUUGCCAUCAAUGGACCGCACCCUGAAGGGCGAUGAAGAGCUCUGUGUGUUGGCCAAAGACGAUUCAGCAAUACCCAGAUAUGCUGGACCCAGCUCUGUGGAUUUGUCUGGACAGAUAGAUCACAGCAACAUUGUUGAGCGAAGCCCUGAUGAACCUCUUGCUGGGCAGACCGUCAUCAUUCUUGGAUGGAACAACAGCAUUGGUGCUAUUCUGGGUGAGCUAGAUGACGAUGUCGGCCAGGAUUCACGGGUCAUCAUUCACGCGCCGGAGACAGUUUCAAUGCGAGUGGAGUUUAUUGAAGCAGCACAGAAGCGGCGGAAGCAUUUCUAUCAGAACUUUAGUAUCAAGCAUUCCCAAGGACCUCUUGGUGCACGUUUCCGGCUUGAAGAGUUACCACUUGAGACCGCAUCGAUGAUUUUGAUUUUAGCCGAUGAAAGCUACGAUGUAUAUGCACAUGCAGCUGACAGCCACACGCUUGCGGCAAUUGUACAGGUGCAGGAUAUCCUGGAUGAACGCUGCGGUCCUGCGAAGAGCUCUGCUGUGAUCAUGCCGCAACUUCUCGACGUAUCCAUUGAGGAGACGUUGAUACAAACAGGCAUCCACAACUAUGUCCUCUCUGGGCGGAUGGCUGCUAGAUUACUGGCAGUGAUCAGUGAAGUACCAAAGGCUACCUGCAUCAUUGACUGCCUCACGAAGCACAAGGUGUUUAGAUUCUCCAUCGCGAAACUCCCGGAGUAUCCUGCUGCAGCAAGUCUCAACUUCAGCGAAGGGGUGUCCUUCAAUGAUGUCACGAUGGUGGCUGCCCUGGCAAAUGAGGUGGUCUUGGGCUGGUCCAAACUUAAUGCAGGAGAAGUUGGGCCUUGGGAAAUGAACCCCAAGAACAGGACCGAGAAACGACCAUGGCCUGAGAAUGCUCGUUUGAUCGUGCUGAGACGAACAGGUAAAUGGAAGCCAGCCUCGUACAGGGGCGCGCGCUGUGCUUCUGUCGCGCACCCCUCAGAUGAGCGGCGAGUAUGCCGCCGCAUUGAGUGA